GCAGCGGCAGCUGCAAGUUGGGCUGCAGGGGCAGCGCAUACACUACAAUGGCUGCUGGAAAGAGGCGUAAGGAAACAAUUUCCAGGCCCGCCGCGUCCAGCCCGAAAUAUGAGAAAAAAAUUAUUAGAAAUUCCGCGGGCGGUGUAAAGGCGGCGGACGGGCCGGAGGGAGGAUGUUAAAGCCCCGCGAUUGGCCAAAAUGGGAAGGACUGGAUUCCGCUCUCUUCCACGAAGAGUCAAUGGAACUGGCUGAGAUCAAGGUCUGAGGCUCUUUCCACCUGUCACCAGUCCCUUUUUGCUUUCUUUUACGACCACAUGAAACUUGAGAAGCCACCUAAAGCUAAAUCAUUUAGUGGAGUUGGGCAGUUCCCAAGUGUCCAACAAGAAGGCCUGCUUUAGGCUGCGAUGGCCACUGUCAUUCCUGGUGAUUUGUCAGAAGUAAGAGAUACCCAGAAAGUCCCUUCAGGGAAACGUAAGCGUGGUGAAACCAAACCAAGAAAAAACUUCCCUUGCCAACUGUGUGACAAGGCCUUUAACAGUGUUGAGAAAUUAAAGGUUCACUCCUACUCUCACACAGGAGAGAGGCCCUACAAGUGCAUACAACAAGACUGCACCAAGGCCUUUGUUUCUAAGUACAAAUUACAAAGGCACAUGGCCACUCAUUCUCCUGAGAAAACCCACAAGUGUAAUUAUUGUGAGAAAAUGUUCCACCGGAAAGACCACCUGAAGAACCACCUGCACACGCACGACCCUAACAAAGAGACGUUUAAGUGUGAAGAGUGUGGCAAGAACUACAACACCAAGCUCGGCUUCAAACGUCACCUGGCCCUGCACGCCGCCACCAGCGGUGACCUCACCUGCAAGGUCUGCCUGCAGACGUUCGAAAGCACAGGAGUGCUGCUUGAGCACCUCAAGUCUCACGCGGGCAAGUCGUCCGGCGGGGUCAAGGAGAAGAAGCACCAGUGUGAGCACUGCGACCGCCGCUUCUACACCCGGAAGGACGUCCGGAGACACAUGGUGGUGCACACUGGAAGAAAGGACUUCCUCUGUCAGUACUGUGCACAGAGAUUUGGGCGGAAGGAUCACCUGACUCGCCACAUGAAGAAGAGUCACAACCAAGAACUUCUGAAGGUCAAGACGGAACCGGUGGACUUUCUCGAUCCAUUCACCUGCAACGUUUCCGUGCCUAUCAAAGAUGAGCUCCUUCCGGUGAUGUCCUUACCUUCCAGUGAACUGUUGUCAAAGCCAUUCACAAACACUUUGCAGUUAAACCUCUACAACACUCCGUUUCAGUCCAUGCAGAGCUCGGGACCCGCCCACCAGAUGAUCACAACUUUACCUUUGGGAAUGACGUGCCCGAUAGAUAUGGACGCUGUCCACCCUUCUCACCACCUUUCUUUCAAAUACCCCUUCGGUUCUACCUCAUACGCGAUUUCGAUUCCUGAAAAAGAACAGCCACUAAAGGGGGAAAUUGAGAGUUACGUGAUGGAGCUGCAAGGCGGCGUGCCUGCCUCAUCCCAGGAGUCCCAGGCAUCAUCAUCUAAACUGGGGCUGGAUCCUCAGAUCGGCUCCCUAGAUGAUGGCGCAGGGGACCUGUCCCUGUCAAAAAGCUCGAUUUCCAUCAGCGACCCCCUAAACACACCAGCCUUGGAUUUUUCCCAGCUGUUUAAUUUCAUACCCUUAAACGGCCCUCCCUAUAAUCCUCUGUCGGUGGGGAGCCUCGGAAUGAGCUAUUCCCAAGAGGAAGCGCAUUCUUCUGUGUCUCAGCUGCCCCCCCAGACCCAGGAUCUUCAGGAUCCCGCAAACACUAUAGGUCUCGGCUCCCUGCACUCCCUGUCCGCAGCGUUCACGAGCAGCUUUAGCACGAGCACCACGCUCCCGCGUUUCCAUCAGGCUUUCCAGUAGGAGUCCACGACGUGGACCGAACGCAGAAAUCUGUGUGUAGCCCUGCCUUAGGUGACCGUUUGUAUUUUAGUGCCUACGUUAAAACAGCAUAAACAUUUCUGCUUUUGUACAGUACCGAUUUUCAUGAAGCCAGUAUGACAUAGAAACAAGCUUUUAUAAGCGAGCUUCGGAACCGUUUGCGUUCAGUUCUGUUUACCUGGGUAUUUUGUCCACGCUCACUGCCAAUUGUCCUGUUUUAAGACGGUUUUUCCUCUAGGGAAGCCAUUAUCAUCAGUAGCGGUAAAGUCUUACGAGUCCCACGUUCAAAUUACUUUUAGAUCUCAAAAUGUCCAGUUCUGUCCAAUAACCAUGGCUCUGCCUUUUGACAUUUGGCUCGUUAAAGAGUUUUGCAAUAGGAUGUAAAUUUUCUAAAAUGUUUGUGAAUAACCUGAGAGUUUUUAAAUUUUUACUAGUCUCUAAAUGGAUUCAUAAGCAAAUGUUUCAAAUGAAUUAAGAAUCCAGUUUGGGGAGAUGAUAGAUGUUUCUUUAGCUAUACCAUAAUUUCAGGUCAGUAUAUUUUGAAGACUUUGCUAUUGCCUGGCUCAGAUAUUUUGCUGUCUUUAUUAUGCACAUGUAAGGAAAACGAAACCUAAACACAAAGCACCAGUAUUUAUAGCAAAAAAAGACUCCUGGGAAGGUGACACAGCAUUCCAUGUUACUCGGUAGUUGGCCUUAAAUCAGUACACAGGAUAUUUUUUGCCACGUUUCAAAGUUGCUCUCUUUCCGAUUGAAUAGUGCUAGUCACGUUACGGCAUGGGACUCUUCAGAGUCAGUGUGUGGAUCGAUCUCUGGGCUCCUUAAUCCUUUCCGCCUUUCGUGGCCAAAGGGUGGGGUCAAGUGCAGUCAGCAGUUCUAUUUUAAAAUGUCGGUCCACAGUUAGCCCAGAAUCGAGAGCCAUUGUGGAACACAGGUGUUAGGUGUGUUUAUCCCAGAGCGGACCGUCUCUUCUUGGAUGGCGUGAUAGAUAGACUUCUAAGAAGGCAGAUGUGUGAUGUAAAGCACUUGGUUCGGCUCGGGAACCUGUCUAGGGAUCAUGUCCCUUGUUGCCAGGGUUGGAAACUAGCCUCUUGAGGCGUAAAGUCAAAGCAUAUCGCUUACGUCACUCUUACUUAACGUGAAAGCGACGAUCGAGAAGAGUGUGUUCCCUGGACGCAGCAGUUCUUAUGGGCUUUCCUCCUAGUAGACAACCACCAGCAUCCUUCUGAAGGUCACAUUAUAUUCUUCUAAGUGUUAGCUGGGACAUCCGCCUAAGAAACAUAUCUAUUAAGCACUUGCUAACACCUUAUUUGGGGACCCUGUCUGUUGGGGUGGGUAGGAGGGGGAAGGUUUAUAGAAGAGUGUAUAUCUCUUG